AUGCGCACCCCCGUUGACAUCAACGAUUUCCACUGCGCGCACGGCCACUCCCACGAGGUGCUGCUGAGGACCACGGCGAAGCAGCAAGGGACGACGCUGGUGGGCGAGCUCCGGGAGUGCCUGGGGUGCUCGACGGCGAAGGGGCUUUCCAAGCCCAUCCCCAACAAGACGUCGACCCGAGCAGAUAAGAAACUGCAGCGAGUUUUCGUGGAUCUGAGUGGAAAAGCUAGGGGGCAGAGCUUGGGGGAGAAGUGAUACACUCUCAUUGUCAAGGAUGAUCACACAAGGUGGAACCGUGUCUAUUACCUGAAGCACAAAUCAGACGCCGCUGAGGCAUUCGAGAGGUACCUUGCAGAAAACCGGGCAGACGGUGCCCCGUCCGAUGUCAUGGUCGUGAGAUCCGACAAUGGAGGAGAGCUUUUUUAGGGAAGAGUUCGGCAAGGUGUGCCGGAAGUACUGCAUAAAACAGGAGUUCACCCCCGUACACAGCCCAGAAUACAACCGUGUAGCUGAGAGAGCACUGGGUCUGAUCAAGGAUGCAGCAUAAGUCGCCCGUGUCCAAGCGCCAAUUCUCUACCCCGGAGCUCCGAACUACCCAUCCCUUUGGGCCGAGGCCAUAGCUUGGGCAUGCAACGCCCUGAACUGCACCUCCACCACAUCCAACCCAGAGAAAAAAUCGUCGUACGAAAUGUGACGCGGGCACCCCCCCCCCGCCGAGGGCGACGUACCCGUUCCUCAAACCUGCCGUAUACAAGGUCAACCGCACACACAAGUCCGAGCCGAAAGCCCAAAGUGUUUUUACCUCGGCCCGGGAAUCAACACCAACCGUGAGAUUGCGUGCGUAUCUUAACGAAAAACGCCAAGCGAUCACAACUCGCAACUUCACCUGGCAAUCCGUACCCGGCGUCCCCGGCGCCCUGC